GCUUGUGGUUUGUUGCGGAAUGCCGUUUUAUUGCUGCAAAGUUGGCAAGGGCACCGACGAUACCGCACUACUGCCGGCCUGGAGCUGUAAGUAUUGAUUGCUACAGGAGAGGAUGACGAGAUGAAGAGGCGCUCUCAAGCUUAGAGCCAUGGUUGUUCGAACUAUUUUGGAAGAGUUCAGACGACGAUUUCUACGAUCUCAGGGAUCAUCUCAGCACCCGCUCAAAUUGCUGCUGUCCUCGUCUGUCCUCAUGACAGUAACUUCGCUGACGUUCACAAGUUGCCUAUACAGUAUACGUCGAGUAGUCGGCCGAGCGGCUACCGGACGUAUUGGUUGCCGUUGUACACUCUGAUUGUACCUUGACAUGCACUUGGGCGAUUUCUUCCCUCAUUUCACCGAGAUGCCUGGAAAUCUGGAAUAUGCUCGUUGUCAAGGCCGAGCGGACUCGAGGGCGUAUAUAACAAGCUCUCCCCAGGUCCCUUGCUCUCCAUCUGUGCCGGGUGCCAGCUAGCUUCGACAACCUCUCCUUCCUUUUGCCUUACCUCUCCUUUUUUCAUUCAACUUCAUCGCAGCCAGUCUGCUCACUCUGCUCUUUUCGCCCCCUUCACUCUACACUUGUUAACCCUUACCCCAACCAAAUCUUCCGAUCUUUCAAAUGGCUCGCUUUGCUCUCUUUGCUCUCGUCGUCUCUGCCGCUUGCGGUGUCCUCGCUGCGCCUACGGCCAUGCGCCGCGCCUCCAACGGCACCUUCGCUCUGCAAGAUUACGCAGACUUCCAGAUCUCCGACGGUGUUGCUGGAACUGCUGAGGCAGAGGCUAACGCUGUCUUCGUCGACCCCUUCGCCGGUGUCGACCUUGCCACCGUUGACUCUACAUCUCUCGACAACCUCCAGACCAUGCGUGAGGCAGCCGAGUCUGCUGAGACGGACGACUUUAACCCUCAGAUCGAUGCCGCUUCCGGCGAUGCGGCUGAUGCGCUCCAGGUCGGAAAGAUUAAGAACAAGGUCCUCAAGUUGACGGGCGAAGUUCAGGGCCUGAACAUCAAGAUUGCGCAAGCUCAGGCCAACGGCGACGAUACCAGUGACCUCGAGUCCGACCUUGCCGCUGAACAGGAAAAAGUUGACCACCAACAUCGCGACCGACACGAAGAGCGCGGGUGCUACCUCCCAGGCGGCGACACUCUCAUGAUCCGACUGAUCUGAGUGCUGUUCGCUGUCUGAGAUGUGCAUUAUACCCGUUGCUUUGCCCUUUACUUCUUGGUUGUCCGUGUAGUGUUCUCCUGGUCUCUCUUGCUUGUCCUGUACGUUCAUCUUGUGUUCGGAGUUUUUCUUUGAUAUGAAAAUGGAGAGUUAGGCA